GGUCUUUUUAUUUUUUUGAUUUAAAAAAUUUGUUAAUGGUAUUUUUAUUAAAUUGUAAAUUUUAUUAAACCCAAAAAUUUUUAAUUUUCUUUCUCUUUUUCUCUCUCACUCUCUCUCUCUCUCUCUCUCCCUCGCUUCUUCUUCUUCUUCUUCUUUCUUCUCUUUCUUUGUCAACCGAAGAAACUGAAGGAUUUUUAGGGAGAGAGAGAGAGAGGCAGGAGAGUAGGUAGGAGAGAGAAACAAAGGAAAAAAAAAAAAACCAAAAAGAAAGUGGUACGGUUUUCUCAUAAGCCUUAAAUAUUUGAAGAAGAAUCAAAAGCUUGAAAAAACUCAAAGGUAAAGAGAUUUUUUUUUAAAAUUUUUUUUUUUUCCAUUUGGUUAGUUGUCCCCCUUUUUUUUUUUUUUGGGUUUCUUUUGGACGGAGAAAGCUGGAGGCUUUUGGGAGAGAAAGAGAGAGAAAGAGAAAGAGAAUGCAUUGUUUGGUAAUGGAUAUGUGUAAAUUUGAGCAGUUUCGUUACAGUGGAAGAAGAUAAAUAUAGGUAUGCAUACAUAUUUGAACAAAGAAAAAGAAGCAACAGAUGGGUAUGUUUGUUGGAUCUACAUGACAGUGUUCAUAAGCCAUGGUGGAAUCGCGAAGCAUAGUAUCGUCUGCCUUCUUCUUGGUUUUCUUGUUCUUGUUGCUGCUCGAGCCCACAUUUGAGCAGCAACAGCAGAGUUCGCCAGCCGAGCGAGCAGCUCUGCUGGAACUCAGAUCGUCGUUGGGUUUGAGAAGCAAAGAGUGGCCGAGAAAAGCCGACCCUUGCUUUUUCUGGAACGGUGUUCAAUGCGAGAAUGGUAGAGUCGUUGGGCUUAACAUUUCUGGGUUUAGGCGGACAAGGCUUGGCAGUCAAAACCCACAAUUCGCAGUUGAUGCUUUGGUCAAUUUGACGCUCCUAACAUCGUUUAAUGCUUCCAAGUUCUUGUUGCCCGGUUCCAUUCCCGACUGGUUCGGACAACGGCUUUCGUCUCUGCGGAUGCUUGAUCUUCGGUCUUGUUCUGUGUUUGGUUCUAUUCCAAUGAGCCUUGGAAAUUUAACCAAUCUGACUAGUCUCUAUCUCUCUAAUAAUAACCUUUCGGGGACAAUACCUGCUAGUUUGGGCCAGUUAUCCCGUCUUUCGGUUCUUGAUCUCUCGCAGAAUUUGUUUGCUGGAUCUAUUCCUCGUUCUUUUUCCAAUCUUCAGAAUCUUUCUCUUCUUGAUAUUUCAGACAAUUCCUUAUCUGGGUCGAUACCUCCGGGCAUUGGGACCCUCCUAAAGCUUCAGUAUUUGAAUGUUUCAAGGAAUAAUUUGUCUUCUUUUAUACCUGCUCAACUCGGAGACCUUGACAGCUUGGUUGACUUUGAUCUUAGCUUUAAUUCUUUGUCUGGGUCCGUGCCUUCGGAUUUGAGAGGGUUAAGAAACUUGCAGAGAAUGGAACUUGGGAACAAUUUCCUUGUUGGGACUUUGCCGGACAAUUUGUUUUCUCCUCAGACUCAGCUGCAGUUCAUAGUUCUAAGCCGCAACAAUUUCACUGGUGGUCUCCCUACUGUGUUGUGGUCAAUUCCUAGAUUGCGUUUUCUUGAUGUAUCUGGUAAUAACUUCACUGGUGAGCUAAAGAUUUCCGGCUCCAAUGCUAAUGCCACUGCUGCAGUACUCAAUAUCUCCCAGAACUUGUUUUAUGGAAAUCUUACACCGUUACUUGGGCGGUUCAGCGAUGUUGAUUUGUCCAGUAACUAUUUUGAAGGCAGGGUUCCAGACUUUGCAAAUACUAAUGCGUCUUUAGACCGCAAUUGCCUACAAAAUUUGCAGAAUCAGAGGUCUUUGGCAGAAUGCACAUCAUUCUAUGCUGAAAGGGGUCUGACUUUUGAUAAUUUUGGGCACCCAAAUUCUACACUGCCUCCUCCAGCUGAGAAAGGUGGGAAGAGCAAUAGAAAUCUAGUUAUUAUAUUGGCAACAGUUCUAGGAGGGAUUGUUGUUAUAUUGCUUUUGUUGCUGCUAUUGUUGCGCCUAUGUGCCCGUAGGAGGGGAAGUGCAAAUCAAAGAGGAAUCGGGGUCGGGGCAGUUCCUGCAAGUAGCAGUCCACCUGCUCCUGGAGUACCAAUUAACUUUUCGAGUGUAGGAGAUGCUUUUACAUAUCAGCAGCUGCUCCAAGCCACCGGUAACUUUAGUGAUGCUAACCUCAUCAAACAUGGUCAUUCAGGGGAUCUCUUCCGUGGCGAAUUGGAAAAUGGAAUGCCUGUAGUCAUCAAAAGGAUAGAUUUGCGCUCAAUUAAAAAGGAAUCAUAUCUAAUAGAGUUCGAUUUCUUUAGUAAGGUUUCACAUACAAGAUUUGUACCCUUUGUGGGACACUGCUUAGAGAAUGAGAAUGAAAAGUUCCUAGUUUACAAACAUAUGCCAAAUGGAGACUUGUCAACUUCCUUGUACAAGAAAGCCAAUACUGACGAUAAUGGUUUACAGUCAUUGGAUUGGAUAACGAGAUUGAAAAUAGCACUGGGUGCUGCAGAGGGUCUUUCUUAUCUGCAUAAUGAAUGCAAUCCACCCCUUGUGCACAGAGAUGUUCAAGCAAGCAGUAUACUUCUUGAUGAUAAAUUUGAAGUGCGACUAGGGAGCUUGAGCGAGGUCUGUGGUCAAGAAGGGGAUACCCAUCAAAGCAGGAUCACCAGGUUGCUGCGGUUGCCACAGUCUUCCGAGCAAGGUUCCUCUGGUUCACAAACAGCAGUAUGUGCUUAUGAUGUUUACUGCUUUGGGAAGGUUUUACUAGAGCUGGUAACAGGUAAGCUGGGCAUCAGUGCUUCGAGUGAUGCUCAGAUGAAAGAAUGGUUAGAACAGACACUGCCAUAUAUCAGUAUAUAUGACAAAGAACUUGUGACAAAAAUACUGGAUCCAUCUUUGCUCAUAGAUGAGGACCUUUUGGAGGAAGUAUGGGCCAUGGCUAUUGUUGCCAGAUCAUGUUUGAAUCCAAAGCCGUCAAGGCGCCCGUUAAUGAGAUACAUUCUUAAGGCUCUGGAGAACCCAUUAAAGGUAGUAAGGGAAGAAAGUUCCAGCUCUGCCAGGUUAAGAACAACCUCUUCUAGAGGUUCUUGGAAUGCUGCUUUGUUUGGCAGCUGGCGUAGCUCAUCUGAUGUAACAGUUAUUCCAGCAUCCACUGCUACCCGAACUGAGGGAGGAAGUGGUUUAAAACGUUCUGGAACCACAGGUUCCCAGGGAAGCGGAAAUGGUGGAGGUGACCAUUCUUCCUCACACAGACGGCAUUCCAGGGAGAUAUUCCCUGAACCAUCCAGUGUACAAGAUGUAGAGAGAGCAGAUCAGGACUAACCAGAGACAUGUUAAUUGUCCUUGAUUCUUUGUCAAUAAUACCAACAGGCUUCCUAUUUCGAGUGCCUGUUUGUUAGGUACCCAGGAAGGUCUUCUCGGUUUUGAAGUGAAAAGUGCAGUGCUGUUUUCAAACCAAUUUUUGUACUUGGUGAGAUUGCAAGGUCACAUAGCUUUCCUUUUGGGGAAACUAAUCUUGAAGUUCCUUGGAAAUGGUUUUCUCAGGAAUCUCGAUUUAGUCUGUGGAUGAAUCCGGACUUGAAAUUUGGAAAGAAAGAAGAGUAAAGGGGUGCCUUUAGGGGUAAAUGGCUCUUAUUUGUUUGACGGCUUGUUUAUUGUAAAAAACAAGCUACAAUUUUUAUGUGUAAUUGAUUUUUUUUUUUGGGUUCUUUUUGUUGGGUCUUCUUUUGGAGUGUAAAUUGUAAUCGUCAUAGGUAUCUUCAUUCAAAUCAGAUUUCACAUUUUGGUUCAGGAAAAAGACAAAAGGACCAAAUGGGGCAAAAACAUAAAAGCUUACAGUGAUUUUUCAGUUCCAAAAUUGUUCUCUUGGCGCAUC